AACGCCCCCUGCCCCGUGCCCCAUUUCGGCUGCCAGAGUGCUGCGGGAGGCUAUCAAGGCCAAAAAUGGGCUUUGUGACUAGCAAACUGUAGAUUUUGUCCUCCCUUUAAGAUUCUCUAGUAUAAGCAGUAUUAAAUCCCAUCUUAUAGGUGUUCUCAGAUGAUCCUCCUGCCAUGGCUGUAAAGAUAUGUCAUGGGAAACCACAGUACCAUGGGAAUUGUCCAAUGGGGAGACAUUAAUCCUAACCCUUUCACUUGUCUACUUACAGGUAAAAGGACUCUUCGCAGUCACAAAAUUCCAAAAGCCGUUUAAUGUGCAAUAAAUAUAAAUGUUCUACUUACCUGUGCAGAGAUGACCUUGGAAGAAACAUAUGACUAUUAGCAAAAUGACAUUGCAAUAUCUGAAGACUUUUCUGUUUCAAGAAGGAGACCGGUUUCCAUGGAUCUCUCUGCUAGCACCACUCUUCUCUUGACUAUCUCCUGCUGCCUGUGGAAUACCGAAGCCCGAAAGUAUACAUACGUGCUCAGCGUGCCAUAUGGGGGUACCUGGGGUACCUGGGGCCAAAAUACAUUUUGUGAUAAAGGCUAUGCUCAUGGCUUCUCCCUGAAGGUGGAAGAAAAACAAUAUGCAGGUGAUGAUACAGCUUUGAAUGGAAUCCGCUUGUUCUGUACUGAUGGCACAGUAAUUGAGUCUAAAGUUGGAGCGUGGGGAACCUGGACUAAAAACCAAGUCUGCCUCACAGGUUACUUGGUUUCUUUUUCUUUGAGAGUGGAACCAAGUCAAGGAGAGGGUGAUGAUACAGCAGCUAACAACAUCCAGUUCACCUGCAGUGAUGGUAGUGGCCUGAUGGGCUUUGGCCUGACCUGGGGUGAAUGGGGUCCAUGGAGCCACCGCUGCCUCUCAGGUGGCAUAUGUGGGAUGAGAACAAGGGUGGAGGAUGCACAGGGCCUUGGUGAUGAUACAGCACUCAAUGAUGUGGUUUUUUUCUGCUGUUAAUGGUUGAUACAUGUUUCCUCACCUACAAAUAUACUUUUGUUAUACAUUCUCAAAGGCUGUUAAUUAUAGUUAAAUAUUAACUUAACAAUAAAGAGUGUGUUUGUGCAUAACAUGCUAGUACAAAGUAACCGCCGUCCCCCCAGGUGUUCAAAACAGUCCAGAUUGAGAAGGCAUAAGGCAGGUAGCAGAAACCUCAAGCAUUGCAAGUGAUUGACUGUCUUCCCUCUCAUCAUUUUGAUCCAAGUCACAGCACCAAAGUACAAUACCAUAUUACUGCUUGCUUGUAUGCAAUUAAAAUUACCUUGCAUCUUCAAA